CUAGCACGAGAAUUCUCAAUUCAGUUUAACACGGGAAACUCGAAGUUGUAUUUAGUUGCAAGUGUUUGAACUACUUUUGAAACUCAAUCUCACUCUGAAAUAAUGCAUUUUAGUCGCUUUUGAAUUCUUAGUUUUAUUUUAGUUUCAAUUAUACAUAAUACAUAGUCAACAUGAAUAAUAUGGAUAUAUCAGAAUGUGUUAAGGAAUGGGAAGAUUUGAUUGUCGACUACAAACGAUUAGAGACUAUUAAUAAGGACUAUGCCACAAAACUUGAAGAAGUUGGUGAACUUCAAGCAUCAUGUUUAAAGGAGUUAAACCAUCAAAGAUAUCGAAUGUCUAUCAUGACAAAUGCACUUAAAAGAAUGGAGAAAAAAGCUACUAAAGAUGAACGAGUAGUUAACUUGGAAAAGGAAAUUAUGAAAAGGAAAGCCAUGUUGUAUGAGAUUGAGGCGACUCUUCCUAAACAGAACAGUCUAUAUCUCAAAGUAAUACUUGGCAAUGUCAAUGUAUCUAUUCUAAAUAAAAAUGAUAAAUUCAAAUACAAAGAUGAAUAUGAAAAGUUUAAGUUGAUCCUGAGUGCCAUCGCUUUUGUUUUAGCUAUUGCUAAUUUGUAUAUUGAUUUCAGGCCCUUACAACUGAUUCUUAUAUUCCUUCUGGUUUGGUACUACUGCACAUUGACAAUACGCGAGAGUAUACUUAAAGUGAAUGGCUCCCGGAUUAAAGGCUGGUGGCGGUUGCACCACUUUGUAUCAACUGUUGUCGCUGGCAUUCUCCUCAUUUGGCCCCAAAAUCAGUCAUGGGAAGAAUUCAAGCAUACAUUCAUGUGGUUUAUUGCAUAUAUUAGUGUUGUACAGUACAUGCAAUUUAGGUACCAAAGUGGUGUUUUGUAUCGGCUCAAAGCAUUAGGUGCAAGACAUAACAUGGAUAUAACAAUCGAAGGCUUUCAUUCUUGGAUGUGGCGUGGUUUAUCCUAUCUUCUACCAUUCCUCUUCGGAGGAUAUAUAUUCCAAUUGUACAUUGCAUAUACGCUGUAUCACUUGAGUUAUAACCCGGAUGCGACAUGGCAGGUAGCCGCGUUAAGUAUGUCCUUCCUGUUACUUGGUAUUGGAAACACCGUCACCACAUUCCUCGUGAUACCACAGAAGCUCAACGAACAGGUGACUUACUUAGCUGUUUUGUUCCUUUUGUUGCACUGCUGCAAUAUGUACACACUCCUCAACACGAUGUACAAGAAAAAUCAUUUGCGCGGAGCGUUGAAGUUGCGCUACAAAUUGCGAGCAAUUGCGUACCGGCUCUCUAAUGAAAUAGCAGUGUUGGAUCAGAAAUGGAGACAAAAUAAGUACGACGCGAAACAGGAAUGAAACAUUUCCAGUAAUGAGAUUUUUAUAUAAUUAUUCUUGAAAUAUCAUAGAUAUAUUCAUCUAUAUUUGUCUAAACAUAUUUUUCAUAUAUCUGAAGGACUUAUAAUAGCCAUAUUACUUUUAUGUAAAUAAAAAGGUGGUUAAAAAUAAAAUUACCUCGUUA